AUGGAUUAUCUACAAAUACCUGAUGGCCAGUACACAAAAACUAUUUACACUAUGAUAAAAGAGUCCAGAUAUGAAGAGGCUAUCAAAGCUCUCAACGAUGCUAUUAAUUUCAACUCUAAUAGAGCCGGAUUAUCCCUUCUUGGUUAUUGCUACUACAGAACUCAGUCUUUCGUUGAAGCUGCUAAUUGCUAUGAACAAUUAUCAGCUAUGCAUCCUGAUGUGCCCGAGUAUAAACUUUACUUCGCUCAAUCUUUGUAUGAAGCUUCCAUGUUCGACGAAGCAUAUAAGGUUACUAUGCAUGUAACAAGUCCAGAUCUUGAGAAAAAAGUUACGAAAUUACAAUCUGCUAUAAAAUAUGGCGAAGAAGACACCAUGACGGCCAGAACCCUUGUAGAAUCUUAUCCUCAAGAUGAUCCUGAUAAAGAUAUCAAUCUGGGAUGUUUGUUGUACAAAGAAAAUCAAUACGAGGAGGCAUUACAAAAGUUUUCUAGAAGCCUGAAUAUUCUCGGAUUUAAUGCCCACUUGCAUUAUAAUGUAGCUUUGUGCUACUUCAGACUUAAGGAAUAUCCUCAAGCUUUGAAACACAUCACCCUAGUUAUUGAAAAAGGUAUCCGGGAUCACCCAGAAUUGGGGGUCGGAAUGCAAUCCGAGGCUUCGGAGGUUAAAUCCGUCGGAAAUACUUUGACACUGCAUGAAACUGCUUUGACCGAAGUGUUUAAUUUAAAAGCUGCUAUAGAAUAUCAACUCAAGAACUUGGAAGCAGCCAGAGAAGCGUUGUCAGACAUGCCUCCGAGACAUGAACACGAAUUGGAUGCUGUGACUCUUCAUAACAUAGCUCUCACAUCAAUAGACAUCAAACCUAACGAUGGAUUUGAAAAGCUUCAUUUCUUACUCCAACAAGACCCGUUCCCUCAUGAGACUUUCGCCAAUUUAUUACUUCUAUAUUGUAAAUUUGAAUACUAUGAUCUCGCAGCGGAUAUAUUGGCUGAAAAUGCCCAGUUUACUUACAAGUAUCUAACGCCAUACCUUUAUGAUUUUCUCGAUGCUAUUAUAACAAGCCAAACAUCUCCUGAAGAAGCUUUUCAGAAGUAUGAAGAUAUAGCUUCAAAACAUGCCGAGCAGUUGAGGAAAUUGACGAAGAUUGUACAAGAAAGCCGGUCCCAAGGUGACAACGAACAGGUUAAGAAAGCAGUUAUUGAGUACGAAGAGGCAUUGGAAAGAUAUAUCCCAGUGGUAAUGGCUCAGGCCAAAAUAUACUGGGAUAUGGAAAACUACGGCCAGGUCGAGAAAAUAUUUCGUAAAUCCGUGGAAUUUUGUAACGAAUCUGACGUUUGGCGCCUAAACGUAGCCCAUGUUUUAUUCAUGCAGGAGAAUAAAUACAAAGAAGCGGCGAGUUUCUACGAGCCAAUAGUAAAGAAGCAGUACGACAACAUCUUAGACGUCAGUGCAGUUGUUCUGGCUAAUUUAUGUGUGUCAUACAUCAUGACCUCACAAAACGAGGAGGCUGAAGACAUCAUGAGGAAAAUUGAAAAAGAAGAGGAGCAGCAAAUAUUCGAAGACCCACAGAAAAAAUUCUACCAUCUGUGCAUCGUAAACCUGGUUAUAGGAACCUUGUACUGUGCGAAAGGAAAUUAUGAAUUCGGAAUAUCUAGAGUCAUAAAAUCUCUGGAGCCUUUUAAUAAGCGCCUGGGCACUGACACAUGGUUUUACGCCAAGCGCUGUUUCCUAUCGUUUCUGGAGAAUCUCUCCAAACAUCUGAUUGUCGUCAAGGACAACACUAUAAAAGAUUGCAUGCAGUUUUUGGAGGGCGCUGAGACUUACGGCAGACGUGUCAGCACCGUUAUAGAAACACCGUUUCAAGAAGAAGAUGCCCACAAUAAAGCGAAACAAACAGUGACGUACGAGGCGAGGCUGUUGCGGUACAUGUUCUACAAGUUACGUAGCAUAGAUGACUCUGUGACCAUUAAUAAAUAUGAGGAUUUAAAAUAA